AUGCGGCGCGCGGCCGCCGUCGUGCUCGUGAGCCUGCUGGCCCGCGCCGGCGCGCCGCCCGUCGAGGGCGAGACGCCCGAGGAGGCGGAGGCGCGCAAGGCGCGCGAGCGGAAGGAGGUCGAGGUCGACAUGCUCGCCAUGCACCACUGGCGCGGUCCCGCGGCGUCGCGCCGCGCCGCGGCCGGCGCGGACGUUUUCCCCGCGCGCAGGUUCUGCGACCAGCCGGCGAACGCGGACAUGUACCUCUGCGACGCCUUCCGCGACUACCUCGCCGGGACGCCGGAGGCUCGAGACGAACGCGCGGGCGCGAACAUACCUGCCGCGAUGCUCCUCAACCGCAUCCAUGCGCGGAACGAGGAGAUCGCCAGCCAGGCGCAGCGGCACACGGCGGACCGGAGCCGCCACCGCCGGUCCUUCCAGACGCGGCUCUGGCUCGCCGGCGCGGCGCUGUGCACGACGCUCGUGCUCGUGCUGCGCGACGCCGCCGUCGCGGGCCGGGCGUCGCCGCUGUCAGCGCCCCGCGUGCGCCUGGCGCGCGUCGCCUGCGGCGACGCGACGGCGGCCCAGGACCGGUCCGCGGGCCCGAGAAGGUUCGUGCUCGACGGCCGCGCCAAAUGCGCGUCGGCCGCGGCCGUCGACGCGGGCGCGUGCGUCGCCGGCGGCGGCCGCGCGGGCGUCGCCCGGGCCGCCCUCAGCUUCCUCGCCGGCGGCGCCGACGCGGAAAAGUCCCUGCGCUGCCUGCCGACGUUCCUCAUCGUCGGCGCGCAGAAGGCGGCGACGGGCUCGCUGAGCGACUGGCUGAGCCGCCACCCGGCGCUCCGGCGCGGCGACGGCCCCGCCGCCCACCGGCGCGAGGUCCACUACUUCGACCAGCUCCCCGGCAACGGCUCGGACACGGCCGCGCUCGAGGCGACGUGGCGCGAUUACCUCCGGAGCUUCCCGGCGGUGUCGCGCGACGAGGCCCGCGCGGGCGUCGCGACCUUCGAGAAGUCGCCGAGCUACGCCCGCUUCCCCGACGCGCUCGCGCUCGCGCGGCACCUCGUGCCGGGCGUCCAUCUGGUCGUCGUGCUCCGCGACCCCGUCGACCGCGCGUACUCGGCCUAUUGCCACCACCUGUGCCGAAUUCAAAUCUUCAACCCGACUUCAAUCCGAAUCGACUUCGAUUUGACCGAGCUAGAGAAUUCUCAAGUUUGGUCAGGACCACCCAAACCAGUGGUUGAAUUCGGCACAGGCCACCACGCGCGGCACGGCCGCUUCUACGAGGUGUCGCGGCCCCUGCCCCGGUCGCCCGCGGGCGCCGUCGUCUCCGCGGCGCCGCGCCGCGGCUGCUUCCGCGCGGCCUGGACGCUCGACGAGGCCGAGGGCUACGUCGGCGACUGCGCGGGCCGCGGCGACCUAUCGCCGCUCGCGUGCGCGGCCGGGGCCUGCGCGCCGGAGACCUUCGACGCCUACGUCCGCGGCGCGACCGUCGCGAAGCUCUUCCUCCGGGCGCCGCCGGCGCCGGCCGCGGACGACGCCGCGGCCGGCGCCGACGCGCCGCGCUUCGCGCCCGCGGGGUUGCCCGCGCGCUGGGCCAAGGCGCCCGGCGGCGCCGUCGACGUCGUCGCCGACGGCGACUACGCGGCCCAGCUCUCGUCCAUCUACGGCCACUUCCCGCGGCGCCAGGUCCACGUGCUCUUCUUCGACGACGUCGUCGGCGACCCGCUCGGCGUCCUCGACGAGCUCCAGGCCGCGCCGAAUUCAACUAUUCAAUUCGACUUCAAUGGCCGCCUCGGCCUGCCCUACCACGACUUCGAGCCCCAGCUGCGGCGGCGCAAGGGCCGCUACGACGUCGCGCCGCUCCGGACGUCCCUCUGGGACCACGCGCUCGACGCGCUCCGGCCGCGGCGGCAUCGCGACGCCGAGGCCGCGCCGCCCAUGGCCAAGGCGACGCGCGCGCUCCUCCGCGACUUCUACGAGGCGCCGCUCCGGCGCCUCUGGCGCACGCUCCGCGACCACGGCGACCUCCACGUCAUCCCCCCGCGGUCCUGGUCGGACCGGAGCGACGACGACGCGCCCGCGCCGCGCUUCCGCGCGCGGCGAUCGCCGCGCGUGCCGAGCCCCGGGGCCCAGCUCACCGACGAGGUGCCGUAA